UCUCUCAAUCCCACUAAAUCUUUCUCUUUUUCCCACAAAAUGAUCUGAAAGAUUUCAUCUUUAUUAUAAACCAAUUUCACAUUCUGAUCUUACUCUACCGCUUUAAUUUCACAUUGUGAUCUUAUUCUGUGCUUAAAUUGAGUGCUAAUGAUGUCUAGUAUGUAUUCUAAGAUGAUCUUUUACGCCUGUAUUGCCAAAGGAACUACAAUUCUAGCUGAAUUUAUAUCCAAAGAUGAAGAUCUUGGCGCCUUAGCUCUGAAAUGCCUUGAGAAAACCCCGCAAUUUCAUUCCAUGUACUCUCAUAGUGUUAGGAAAAGGAUUUAUAUGUACUUAAUUGAAGACCCUUUUGUUUAUUUCGGAAUCUUUGAUGGGAAUCUUGAGAAACCCUUGUGCGUUUCCUUUCUUAAGAGUGUGAUCGGCUCGUUUACUAGGGUUCUUGAUAAGAAUUCUGUCAAGAAAUUGAGUAAUUUGAAGCCGCAUUGCUUCCAAGGGGAUUUAUAUCCGGUGUUCCAUCAAUUGGUGGCAGCGCCUUUGGGCGAGGAGAGCCUGGAUGGUGGGAAGUUGGUUGUGAGUGACGAUAGUGGUUCGUGUUCAGUUAGAGAUAACAGAGUCGGAUUGACUCCGUUGUUAGGAGGAUCAGAGAAGAAUGUGAUGAAGAAGAAAAGGAGGUUUCUCGGGGAGGCGAGUGGUUGUAAAGAAGAGGUUUCGAAGGAGAACAAGGUGGAUAUGUCUUGUGACAAUGGCAUUACCUCGAGCAGAGAAUUUUCUCUAAUAAGCAGUCACAAAAAUGGACUGUUUGUUGUUGACAAGGCAAAGCGAGUUUGGAAGAAACAACUCUGGAUUGUGUUGUCGGUGGACUUGAUUGUCUGUUGUAUCAUGUUUGCGAUAUGGUUGUGGAUAUGCCGCGGAUUUAAAUGCAUCUCUGAAUGAUAUGCUGAUCUCUUACAUGUUGAAAAACUCCUGGUAACGUUGCUAUGGCCUUCUUUGGGUCAGAUGAAGUCUUGUUUGUAUACCUAAUUAUACAAGCUAAUUUUAUACUCACCAAUUAUGUAUAGGUGAUACUGCAGUUAUUCUCUUCACAAAUGCUUGGUAAAAUUUGAAAUGUAAAUUAUGAAACUAUGAUGUUGGUACUGGUAAGUGGUAAUGUCAUCUGUGAACAAAUUUGCGAUGCUUUUA